UUAUGCGGCAGUUUUCUCGGUCGCAGGCAGCAACAUGUGAAGAAAUCAUGGCUUGGGAGUUAUUUUUCCCCUGACCAUCUUCGUUCUUAUAUCAUAGGGUAACAUUUAUGAGUAAAAAGUGCGACCUAUAUUUUUCGUUUAACGUGUGUAAGUAGUUUAAAACUAGCUUAGCUGAUUUACUAGAUUUGGUGUAUUUUGUUGAUUGGUUUUAGCCAGUUAGCAUCAUGGAGAACGCAGAGGAAAGUGCUAUUGAGCUUCAUGGAGAUGAGGAAAUAAUUGAAGUAAUCGACCUGAACAACGCAGAACCCGGACCAGAUGAUCUGGCUGAUGACUUGGGAGACGUGGACUUUGAGGACCCUGGAAACCCAGAGGAAGAUGAUGCAGGCUGGGAGACAGAGGAUGAGAUGGAGGCAGAUGAGGCAGAGCAAGAUGACAGUGAGCUCACCUUCUCCAAGCACACAGGCUCUGUGUUUUGUGUGAGUUUGGAUCCAGCCACAAACAGCCUAGCAGUGACAGGUGGAGAGGAUGAUAAGGCGUAUGUGUGGAGGGUGAGCGAUGGAGAGGUUCUGCUGGAGUGCACAGGCCACAAAGAUUCAGUGACAUGUGCCAUGUUCAGCCACGACUCAUCUCUGGUGGCUUCGGGGGAUAUGAGCGGUCAGAUUAAAGUCUGGAAAGUGGAAACUAAAGAGGAGAUCUGGUCGUUUGAAGUGGGAGAUCUGGAGUGGUUGGAGUGGCAUCCCUGCGCUCCUGUGCUGCUGGCGGGGACCAAUGAUGGAAACGUUUGGAUGUGGAAGGUCCCAGCAGGAGACUGUAAAACCUUUCAGAGCCCUGGGUGUCAGGCCACCAGUGGACAAUUCCUUCCUGAUGGUAAAAGAGCCGCUGUGGGUUAUGAGGAUGGAACAAUAAGACUGUGGGACCUGAAGCGUGGAAAUUCAAUUCAUGUCAUUAAAGGUCACGAUGGACACAAGGGGGCGCUGACCUGCCUCGCAUUCAACAAGGAUGGCUCCCUCAUGCUGACGGGUUCAGUGGACGGAUGUGCCAAGCUCAUUAACACCACCACAGGCAAGGUUGUUGGCGUGUUUUCUGUGGAGGCAAAAGGAUCAAAAGAUGAGGAAGAAUCCAAUUCUGUCGAGUCUGUGGGAUUCUGCAACAUCCUGCCUCUGGUAGCUGUGGCUUAUUUGGAUGGGACUCUGGCUAUAUAUGACCUUUCUUCACAUGUGCUGAGGCACCGAUUCCAGCAUGAGGCUGGGAUUGUUCAUCUGCAGUGGGAGGAGUCUUCUUCGGUGGUGUCCACCUGCUGUCUAGACGGAGCGCUGCGUUUAUGGGACGCUCGUUCUGGAAACUUAUUGUCGGAGUACCGCGGCCACACCGCAGAGAUCCUCGACUUUACUAUCAACAGGGAAGCGACUCUUGCUGUAACUGCUUCAGGAGACAACCAGGCCAAAGUGUUCUGCCUCCAAAGACCUGAUCGAUAAAAAAAAGGCUGAAGAAGAAAGGAAGAGCAUCACAGCAAAUAGACAAUUUCUGUUUUCACUCCCUGGAGAAGGGAUUUUCUUUUCCUACAGGAAUUUUAGAAGCAGAGGCCCCUUUAUUUCAUUUUUAUAUAAAUGCAUCCUGAAAGACAGAUAAAAAUGUAUUUAUCUUUCUAAUGAUUAAAUGAUUCUACUGAUGAAA